UUCAUUUCCAAUGCUCUUGAGACCUCCCUCCCUCCCCUCUGAACUUUCAACUAAUAAAGCAAAACCCACAUAAUUCAAUAAAUCUCGGUAAUGGACGCAUUACGUAAACCUGACAAGGAAGUUGGCAAGGAUCUUGUCAAGGGCACUUUGAUAUCUGGUGUUGUUGGCGCGUCAGCAGGCGGUGUUAUUGGCAUUCUACGACAGCAACCCGUUGGACAAUAUGCGUUUUCUGGAGGAUUAAAUGCUUCUCUAUUUGGAAUGACUUUUAUUGCCUUCCGGGAGUCAUUUCUUCGUUUUCAGCGAAACAAAAACCCAUAUUUUGGAUUGAAAGAUUCACAGACUAUGGAGAUUGAUCAACUUUGGAGCAGUACGAUUGCAGGAGCGUGCACAGGAGGGAUUCUUGCAGCAUUAGCACGUGGAUCCAAGGCAGUACCAUCGGGGACAUUCAUGUUUGGAGUGAUGGCAUUGGGUGGUCAAUGGAUCUGGUCAAAGACAAACCGAUAUCGACAGGACAGGAUUUUGGCGACCAUACCUCAGAUAGAACAAAGUGAGACACAUCAAACGAUUACUACUUCUGUUGCAAAGACAACGACAGGCGCGCCACGGGAUCGGGACGCUGUAGGCACUGGACUGUUGAAGGUGCUACCGGUUCACAGGACAGAUGUUGAUGAAUAUGAAGCAAAGCUUCGACAGAAACUGGAGUUGAUUGAACAGGAACAGAAGAUGUUGCAAGAGGAGGUGUUGAGACGGAAGAGGAUAGUAAUGGAAAAGGCAAUUCAGGAGAAGACAGUAUGACAUUGAUAAUGAGCUCUUUUAUAUAAUAAAC